CAGCGAUCACUCAGGAGUUCCAGAACAAUGAACGACUACAUUGCAAGCACCUUUCUCCUGCUCGUGGCAGUGGCUGCCGCACAGGCCGCCUCGGUGGCCAAGCCGGUGUGCGGUGCGACGACCUCCUCGAAGAACAUCAACCUGGUGAAUCCGGACAUCCCGCCGCGGGUGUGCGAGUACCAGAUCAAGGCCUACAGCAAGUACGUGUGCCAGUUGCGCAUCGAUUUCGCCAUGACCCUGGCCCAGCCCACGCUGGAGACGCAGCAGAGCACGGGCCAGACCUAUGCCGAGUGCACCAACGACUACUUCGAGGUGAAUGGCCUGAAGCUGUGCGGCACCGAGGUCUGGCAGCACAUCUACGUGCCGUUCAAUGCCACCGGCGGAGAGUCCGUUGUGGAUCUAUCGGUGUCGCUGGCCAAUCGUGCCGGCUCCUAUGGCCUGCCAACGCCCUACUGGGACAUGACCGUCAAACAGCUGGAGUGUCCCCCGGGAGCCGCCGUUCGCGAGCUGGAGGUCAAUGCGGAGGUCGAGGUCGAGCCUAGGGCAAUCUCCACAUCGGAUGGCUUCUUUGUGGCCCCGCCCGGCUGCCUGCAGUACUUCCCCCAGGCCAAGGGAGUCGUCAAGUCCUUCAACUACAACGAGGGCGCCGGCAUCUAUCCCUCCCGCAUGAACUACGCCAUCUGCUUCCGUCGCACCGAAACCACCUCCGCACUCACCAUCCGCGCCUACCACUUCAACGUUGGGGCUCAGGAGUCGGCCAGCACUCUGAUGACGGACAACUCGUGCUACAGCAGCGACAGCACCAGCGAUCUGGAUGCCGAUUUCCUCAUGGUGCCACAGGCCACGCUCGAGGACAGUCACAAGCACGCCACCUACUUCUGCGGCUCCAUCCAGAAGGAUGUCGUCAUAUCAACCAACAAUCCUGGUCCCCUGCUGGUGCUGUUCAACAGCGACGACGUUUACAGGCAAUCGGAGGCAGGCUUUGCCUUUACCUACACCGUCGACUAAGCCGGCCGCGAUUGUGUUUGCUGAGUGACCAAAUUGUCCAUUCAAAUUGUCAAUAAAAUGCUUUUACCGAAA